AUGAAUCCAACGUCUGAUAGCAGUGAUUGUGACAAAGAAGUGGAAGUCAUUGCCCCAAUAAAUAUUGCUUUGGUAAAAUAUUGGGGCAAGCGAAAUGAGAAUAUAGUACUUCCAUUAAACGAUUCCAUCUCACUUUCUAUUAAUGAUGUUUUCACGGAAACAAGACUGCGAACAGGUCCUUCUAUUAAGAAAGACUCAGUCUCAAUUAAUGGUGAAAAUAUCUCUUUGUCAAAACAUCCACGGUUUCUUCGUUGUUUUAAUGAAGUUCGACGGUUGAUUCGGAAACGCGCAACGAAGUCAAAGAAUUCACGUAAGAGAAAUCCAAAUCCCUUCAGCAAGUUUGAAGUUGUUUCGCAAACAUUUUUCCCGAUCGAAGCAGGACUUGCUUCAUCAGCGGCUGGAUUUGCAGCUGUUGCUUAUGGUCUUGGAAAGAUAUGUCAUCUUGAUAUCAAGGAUACCAUUCGCGUUGCCAGGCUUGGUUCUGGAAGUGCAUGUCGUAGUAUACUAAGUGGACUUGUACAUUGGAAGGCGGGCGUUGCAGAGGAUGGUACAGAUUGUGUUUGCGAAAGUGUUUUUGAAGAAGAUUACUGGCCUACCUUGAGAGCAAUAAUUUUGGUUACGUCAUACGAUUCUAAGAAAGUUAGCAGUUCGAUUGGCAUGCAGUUAACUGUCAAAACUUCAGAAUUAUUGCAGUCUAGGAUCAAAAAUGUUCCUGGCCAUAUAGAAAAAUUAAAAGACGCUUUUCGGGAAAAAAAUUUUGAAAGGUUUGCUGAGAUUAUCAUGUUGGAAAGUAGACAGCUGCACGCUGUAUGUCUGGAUACUGCACCACCUCUUCAUUAUUUGAAUGAAAAUUCAUGGCAUCUUAUGCAACUUGUGCAUUCUCUCAAUAAAUUUUGCAAUAGUACUACAGUGGCGUAUACAUUCGAUGCUGGUCCUAAUUGUUGUUUGUUCUUGGAAUCCGAGAAUGUACCACUAAUGCUGGCUGCUCUCACCAAAUAUUGCAAACUGUCAUCCAAUCUCUUAGAUCAAUUGACUAGCUCUUCUGCAGCCCAUCAGUACAAGAAUUUAAAAAGUUUAGUGAAUGAAAAACAGGAAAGUCUUGUGUUGCACGAAUUUGCACAUGCUGCUGAUUGCUAUACGGAACCUAUGGAAGAUGUUGUCAAGGAUAUAUUCCUUAGUGCUGUCGGUGCUGGACCGUCUGUCAAACAUUCACAGUAA